CAAAUGUCAGGACGUCCCUGGAGCUAAUAUGACACGCAUUAGAAACUCUUGUCUUUAUGGUAUUAAGAGAACAGGUGACACAAGAUUUGUAAAGGAUGCCAUCGGCACCGCCAUUGAAAGCUGUAGGAACAAUAUGAUCAAGAUGCCACAAGCUAACGGCACUCCGCCAGUCUUCCCGAAGACAUGCCCACUUGGCUGUAGUGGUAAUGGCAAAUGCGAAACAGGAGUGUGCAAAUGUAAGGUAGGCUACGGGAAUAGUGACUGUUCCAUUGAGACCACUAAGCAGCCAGCUUUCAUGAGUGUGGAGCCGAGGUCGACCUGUGAUGUGAGAAAGAGGAAUUGUUCAGUCCUGCUUAUCAAUGGUGAAAACCUCAGAGAUAAGCCAGAGUGUGUCUUUGAAGAAAUUAAGGUUUUUACCGACAAGCCGUUUGAAAGAACAGGAACUGUUACGAGACUUCCUGCCACAUAUGACAACAACAACCAGGUCUACUGCCACGGAAACCAACCCCCAAAGCCAGGCAUUUACCACCCAAUACCAAAGGAUCCUAGUACCAACACGUGGUUACAUGCAGGGCCAGUCUACAUGCCCUUCGACUCACUUUGUUUCGAUUGUAAUAUAGGGGCUCUAACUUGUAAACCAAAGAAAUCGUCAUGUUAUGUGGAUGGUAAAUGUUAUGCAGCCGGAAAAGGAGUGGGAGGUAAAACAGGGUGCUAUGUAUGUGAUCCAACAGUGGCAUCUGACAAACUCGUAGCUUCAAAAGACGAGAAAGCAUGCCAGCUGCCGACCGCAUCAGCCCAUGGUUCACACAAAGAGACAAAGGAGAUUGGGCCAAUGUGGUGGAUCCUCCUGAUCCUCCUCGGCCUGCUCCUGCUCUGCUUCGCUGUCCUAUGCUGUAUCCUGUGUUGUUUUUGCGGGAAAAAUCGAGGUAGAUACACGCACCAUGAGAGAAAGGAAGUUUUUGAGAAUAUGAAGGCAAAUUCCAUUUUCGCUGGAAUGCGUUGUAGUGAAAAGCCUGCCGAAGAUGAUGAAUUCAACGCAACUUUCGUUCACGAGGAUGAAGUUGUAUUGGCUGAAAGAAACCAUAGUGAGAGUAUGAUAGGACACCAGGACGAAGAGACGAUGGCUGCUGAUGAUUGGAGCGCCACCAUAAGUGGCGUCGACUUGGAGGAAGAAGGUGGUGAAUACAACGCAACUUUCGUUCACGAGGAUGAAGUUGUGGCUGCUGAAAGACAACAUGUGGAGAGUAUGAUAGGACGCCACCAGGAAAGGACGAUGACUGUAAACGAUGGGAGCGCCACCUUGGAGGAAGAAGGUGGUGAAUACAACGCAGCGUUAGUUUUCGAGGAUGAAGUUGUAGUUGCUGAAAGACAGCAUGUGGAGAGUGGUGCCACCUUGGAGGAAGAUGUGAUGGCAGCUUCCGUCGGGUGUGUGGCACCUGAGCCCCCACAACCAUAUCAUGGGCUGUUGGUCCACGAACAAACCCAAGUCGUGAUCAAACAGAAAAACAAAAGUAUGAGUUUCUUUGGGCAUGGGGGUUUCGCACGCAGCAGUCUUCACCUGAAGCCAGGUGGACCAGCACGCAGCAGCUUACGACUACAGGUCCCCGAUGAGGAUGCCAAGGGCCUUUGCAAUGAUCAAACCAGCCUCGAGGGUCAGGCUACAAGAGAAGAAAAAGGUAGCCCGUGUCUGAAUGUAAGUGAUCAUAUCGAGCUGGAUGAUUUCAGCGCUGACCAUCUCGACCAAGGAGAUAAAGAGCACAGCUACAUUGCGUUUUCUCAUGGAUUCCCGCACGAUGCCCCAGCUAUUGUCGGCGACCAUUGGCAUGAGUGGGAAGAGGGGGAAAUUAUCCAGGAAAUGGAAUUUGGAUCUGAGUUUGGCUCACGUGCGUCAACUCCAUGUGAUUAUGUCCAAGGAGCAGAAGUGUCCGAGGAAACUAAUCAAGUCAGCACGUACCAUCUUGGCUUGAGUCAAAACCACCAGGCAAACAUCCAUCAUGAUGGGACGCUCCGGAUAUGCCGUAGCCCUACCCCGACUUUCGUAGUGACGGCGCCCGAGGAGGAGAGUGGGUUAUAUGUACCCUCUCCAAGGCCCUGUGACGGAAGUCGUCAGCCAUCUCCAGGGCCCUUCGACGGAAGUAGGGGACCGUCUCCACGGAUCUACACAUCGAAUACCAUGUAUACUGACGGCGGUGCAAGUGAGAGUACCUUUGAUAGUUCGGCGCACCAUGCUACAUCUAUCUACGAGGCGAAUAUCGAUACUGAGCACGAAGGUGUAGAAGAUCAGGACGUCAGAACAAGCAAACCAGUCCAUGUGCUACAGAACAAGAAAGUCUACCUUGGCGCCCUGGUCCAGGGAAAGCUGUUGAAUAAGGCGCAGCACGACCAACCGCUGCAUGAUGAAUACGACAGGCCGGACGACAUGAACAUCAAUCCGCUUUUCGACGACGACGAUGGGGUACAACAAGGAUACGCGUACGUCUCAACCAGUCAAGCGAACCCGCAAGUCGAUGGUCAUCAUGCGCAAUAUGUAACACCUUCUUACGGUGCUGACGCCAAAAUGUACACAAGACAGAAAGUAACACAUCCUCUUGAGACGCUCUUCAUUGAUACCAGGCAAAAGCUCGUGUCACCGCAAUCCCCGGAGUUGAUCCGCACUGUUUCUCCUCCGACCGUCUUCACGAAGUCCACACUAGUUGUCGACACUCCAACUGAAUCGGUUGAUGUGGAUAGCCCGUCUUCCCCGCGAAAGUUCGUGGCCCAUUCCUACGUCACGACGUCUAGCAGACCGGCGACCCCGGGUAGUGCUACGUAUUCGAUGGAAUCGAGGCGUACAGUACCCAGCGACCACUCAACGGAGUUGAAGAAUGAUGAGUAUUAUUUCGUCGAUUCGGAGGCUUUGGAAACGCUCAACAUACCUGAUGAAAGCGUUGAGGAUUACGUCUACGCAAACAGAGGAGAGUUAGUCGGAACGCAGCAGUCAGAAACUUGAACCAUCGGACACAAGUUCAGUUUGAUAAUGGCGACAGCUUAAACGAUCAUAAAGGCUUCCUUUAGUGAUGUUGACUUAGUUUGAGCUUCCUUUGGUUGGUAAAUAUGUCGCCCUCGUUUUCACGACCCAUCGAUACCAGUGAGUCGAAUUGCUGGGCUGCAACCGUGUUGCAGGAUUUCAGGGUGAUACAAAAUGUAAUUUAUAUGUAAACUCUUAAUCGAUUGUAAAGUCUUCUUCUCAAAACUUGUCUCCGAGUAGAAUAAAGAUCGUGGUUAAAGGGGACAGGGUGGUAAUAUUCAUAUGCAUUCAACUUAUGAUUUGUACACAUGUACUUUACUUAUGAGCUUUUCCUCUUCAUAAUGCUUAACUAUAUGUAACGGCACACGUCUCGUAGUGAAUCAAAUGUAAAUAUACAGCAGACAUUAUGUUGGUGUCGCGACGUAAACUUCUCAUCGAAUGGACUAUUGUACGAACGCGAAACAGACAUUUCUUCUUUGUUUUUUUUUCAUAAGACGAUUCUUUCUCUCUAUGUAGAUGCAUGUAUAUUUGGUCAGAGUCCAUAUUACGUGUAUUUAUCUCUUAUACCAAAUCAAUAAAUGCAAUCAGGU